GGUCCCGGUCCCGGCCGCUGCUGGCCCUCGGGGCGGCGCAGAUGGGGCUGGGCUGCCUCAUCGUGGCCGUGAGCUUCGGGGCGCUGGCCCUCACCACCUCCGCGCGCGUCCGCCACUCCUGCCCCUUCUGGGCCGGAUUCUCGGUGCUGUUGUCAGGAUUGAUUGGUGUUGUUUCUUGGAAAAGACCCCUCUCGCUUGUGAUAACCUUUUUCAUGCUGCUCUCUGCAGUGUGCGUAAUGCUGAACUUGGCUGGUUCCAUUCUCUCCUGUCAGAAUGCUCAACUGGUAAACUCUCUGGAAGGAUGUCAGUUGAUUAAAUUUGACAGUGUGGAGGUGUGUGUUUGCUGUGAAAUGCAACAUCGGUCAUCAGGUUGCAGCAAUCUCGGUGAAACGCUGAAACUGAACCCACUUCAGGAGGACUGUAAUGCUGUGCGGAUUACUUUAAAGGAUCUGUUAUUCAGUGUGUGUGCUCUCAAUGUCAUCUCCACCAUUGUCUGUGCUUUGGCAACAGCAAUGUGUUGCAUGCAGAUGGUUUCUUCUGAUGUGCUCCAAAUGUUUCUCCCACAGAGAUCCCAUUCUACCAACCCAGACUGCAUGAUACCCCAUGGAGCCAUUCUCCAUCAGACUUUGGAUUUUGAUGAGUUUAUACCCCCAAUACCACCUCCACCCUACUACCCACCAGAAUAUACCUACACACCUGUCAUGGAAGCACAAAGGGGGCUCCAUUUAGACUUUCCACAUUCUCCCUUCAGUACUUUCUAUGAAGUGGCCAUCAACAGUCCUGGGAUUCUCUACCCAACUGAACUUCCUCCUCCUUACGAGACAGUGAUAGGACAGACUCCUGCAAACCAGGUAACCAGUGGGGAUCAACAAGUGACUGAGUCCAGCUUGGGGGAUCAAAAUACAACCGCUGGGUUCAGCACCCAAGUUUCUGUUGACAGUACCUCUCUACUGGUCUCUGAAGCAGCUGAUAUUCCAGAUCAUAACUACUCCUCAGAGGACCUUUGCUCUUUGGAAGUUCAAGGAUCUCUCCGUUCGGCGGACUUCUCUUCGUUCGGUUCCAAUUGCAAAGCCACUGCGGACAGUAGCAGUGGCAGCUUGGACCACAGCGUUCACUGCAACAUCCACCGGACUUAUUCGCCACGAUCUCCCAGCGAGGACAGAGGCUGUCGGUACAGACCUUCUCUGGACAGACCACAUGUCCGGGACUACGGCAGCAUCCUCCCCUACGCUGGGUCUUCAGACUGCUCUCCGGAGGAUUUCAGUCUUUCGGAACAAGAAUCCCAGGGGUCCGUUAGAGAGAACAAAUCCACACCACCCUUUAAACAGAUGAAAAUGUGCUGCGGGGUCUUUGGCCAAACUUCCGCUGCCCACUCUCAGCCCUGCCUCUGUUCAGUUCCCGCCGAUGCUUCUCCACAUCAUCGCUGUCCCGAGGAAACCAUCCUUCCACGGUACAGUAGGAAACCCCGGAUUUCAAGUAUCGUCCGAUCGACUAGUGAUCCGGUGUCAUGUUCAUCCAGCACUGAAGUUUCCAUUUCUGGCUCUUACAUGGCUGCCUCUGCUUGUCAGGACCAUUUUUUACCAACGGGAAAACAAAGAGAUACCGGGCAAGGUGACGAACAGUUAAAACCAACGGCCUUACAAAGCAUCUCAAAAGAGCGACCACAUUCAUUAGUGGACAUUAAGGCCUAUAAAGAUACAAAAGUUUUGGUGGCUAAAUUUUUGGAACAUUCAAACUGUAAUCUCCCUCCAGAAGUGCAGCAUGUGGUGAAUAGUAUACGAUCAGUAAUCAAAUCUGAUGAACGACAUAUGGAAGAAGCCAUCUUCAGUGCCAACAUUAUAGACCAGGUAAUUACAAGUUCCCAGAAAAAUGUGAUUAUCUCUAGAAAACACCUUCAAGAAGACCUGCAUCUCCAGAGCUGUGGAGCUCUGAGUUCUGCGGUUUCUCUCUUAAGGGUGGCACAAGUCAGUCCCCAUUGUGAGCGGGACAGGCUCCACAGUUUCGUCGGAGUUUGCCGGGAGACCAUCCUUUAAUAUCAAAGCUGGACCUACAGAGGACAGACUCAUCCCCGUGAGAACUACUUCCGUCUGAAUCCCAGACAGAUGUGAAUGCUGGGCUCAGAAGAUGAUGGGAAAGAGAAGCAUCUUCCUGUCAGAUUAUGUUUCCUCUUCAGCAGAAAGAGGAUAUUGAAUGAAUUUUUCUGAAUGUCAAAAGCAAAGGCUUAUUCUCAUCCUGCAAUGAAAAGCAUCUUCCCUAGUGGAAUUGACUUCUCAGAAGUGCUGGUUCAAAUGCUGCUAGGAGGCAGAGUUUCUAGAAUAUCUUCUCCAAGCCACAAGAGACCUGUUUAUACGACUCAGAAGUUAUACCUAUGUAACGUACUGUACCUCAAAGUGUUUUAACAAUGAUCAGUGGUUUAAUAAAAAGUAU